CCCCUCCUUCCUCUCAACACACCCCGAAAAUAGCAGCUCAGCGUGUUCAAUGUGAACCGAAAUUACGUUUUGUCCAGCGGAGCCGCCGGUAGAGUGUCUCCAACAACACGACCCGGGACGAAAAAGAUUGUGCCGGGUGACUGCUGAAGAGCAUAUGGUGCGUGGAGACCAGUGAAAGUGCGCAUACCAGAAGAAGGACUUGCACAAUGUGCUAGGAGGGCGGUGGACGCGAACAGUGUGUGCGUGUGUGUGCGUGCGUCUGUUUGUGCAUGUGUAUGUGGGUGUAUAUGUGUGUUUUCGAUUGUCGAAUAUUGUCCGUGAAGAGUCUGAGAGACGGGAAAAAGCACAAGGAGCCAUGGGGCGGAAGAAGAUACAGAUCACCAGGAUAAUGGAUGAAAGGAACAGACAGGUUACUUUCACAAAGAGGAAGUUCGGCUUGAUGAAGAAGGCUUACGAGCUGAGCGUGCUGUGCGACUGUGAGAUAGCCCUCAUCAUUUUCAACAGCUCCAACAAACUGUUUCAGUAUGCCAGCACGGACAUGGACAAAGUGCUGCUCAAGUACACCGAGUACAACGAGCCCCACGAGAGCAGAACCAACUCUGACAUUGUGGAGAAAUUAAGAAACAAAGGCCAUAAUGACUGUGCUAGCCCCGAUCCCGAAGACUGUUUCGGGCACAGCCCCCUCACCGAUGACCAUUUCGGCAAACUAAGCGAAGAGAGCGAUUUAAUGUACAAGCGUUGCGGUGCGCUAAACAAGAAAGAACACAGAGGUUGCGAUAGCCCGGACCCCGAUGCCUCGUAUGUCCUCACUCCUCACACUGAAGAAAAAUAUAAAAAAAUUAAUGAGGAGUUUGAUAAUAUGAUGAGAAAUCAUAAAAUUCCCACAGCGUUGCCUCAGCAGAACUUCUCCAUGCAUGUGGCCGUGCCCGUGUCCAACCCUAACGCCAUGUACCAGCCGGGAGGCGUGACUCUGGGCAGCCAGAGUUUAGCGGCGGCCGCGGCCUCCCUCGGCGACAACGGAAUGCUGUCCCCUCCGCAGGCCUCCUUGCAUAGGAAUGUGGGCUCCAGCGGAGGGCCCCAGAGGCCCACCAGCGCAGGGAACGGCUUCGCCAACCCCAGGGGCUCCCCGAGCCUCCUCUGUGCGCCCAGCGGCAAUGGCCUGGGUAAAGUCAUGCCCACCAAGUCGCCGCCGCCCCCCGGAGGGAGCAUGGGAAUGGGAGCCCGCAAGCCAGACCUGAGGGUUGUCAUCCCUCCGUCAAGCAAAGGGAUGAUGCCCCCGCUGAACACCCAGAGGAUAAGCAGCUCCCAGUCGACCCAGCCGCUGGCCACUCCAGUGGUAUCUGUUACCACACCCAGCUUACCUCCACAAGGCCUGGUCUACUCAGGCAUGCCCACCUCCUACAACCCUGCUGAGUAUUCCCUGAGCAGUGCAGAGCUUUCCUCCCUGCAGGGUUUCAGCUCUCCCGGGCUCUCACUGGGCUCCAUGUCAGCAUGGCAACAGCAUCAACUGGGCCAAGCGGCACUUAAUUCUUUGGUCAGCGGCGGAGGGCACCUACCUCAAGGCUCCAACCUCUCCAUCAGCACGAGCCAGAGCAUCAACAUUAAGUCGGAACCCAUCUCGCCACCGCGAGAGCGCGUCACCCCCUCCGGCUUUCCACCCCAGCAUCAGCCGCCGCCGCCGCACCCUCAACAGCAGCAGCAGCAGGGCCCCGGCCGGCAACAGGAGGGUCUGGGACGCUCACCCGCCGACAGCCUCAGCUCCUCCUGUAGCUCCUACGACGGCAGCGACCGCGAGGACCACCGGGCAGACUUCCACUCGCCCCUCGGCCUGGGCAGAGCGCCGGCGACCGGUGACAGGGAAAGCCCCUCGGUCAAGCGCCUGCGCAUGGAAUCCUGGGUGACAUAGAACCGCCGGCAGGUGUGAAGCAGGCAAGCGCAAAGGGUCCUUCUAACGAAUGAUAUCAUAAUUCAACAAGCCCGGGUUCAGUUUGUCAAUGAAAGCAGGUACUGACUGUCAGACGGGAACAGAGAGGCGUUCGGAGACAAACACAUUACAAUAGAUUGUUUGUAGCCAUCUGACAAUUAUAUUAUGUAGUUGCUGUUGCGCUGUUGUGUUCGCAAACAAUCAGAGCAGGCUGAGGGCCAUGUUUUUUUUGUUUUGUUUUUGUUUUGUUUUUUUUUUGUUUUUUAGAAUCGUGAUGUAAACACACACAUAUGUCUUUAUGUCAAGUGGCCUCUAAUUUAUUGAUGUUGAGAAUGUGGAGUGGAGGGAAAAUAUCAAAUGAAGGAAUCGGUUGCAAAAACAGCGUCGUGUCCACCACGUUGCUGAUUAGGGGACAUAUUAUGGGAAACGGACUUUUGAAUUGCUUUAGCAGUAAUCCCCCCUACGCCAUUCGCAGAGCGGAGGCGCGGAUCACUGAAAAAAGAAAACCUCAAAUUUUUUUAGUGAGUAACCAUAUUAAUAGUUUAAAAUGUAAAUAUACUACGACUAUGAAACUAUGUUCCAAAACCUUUUCAUGUCACUUCAAGCACAUCGUAAAACAUUACCCUUAAAAAGAAAAGGCUUAGAAUGGAUUUGGUUUAACAAAAAAAAUAAA